AUGUCAUCAAACUGGACAACUAUUGAAUCUGAUCCUGGCGUAUUCACUGAAUUGAUCGAAAAGUUUGGAGUUAAAGGAGUGCAAGUUGAAGAACUUUGGGCUUUAGAUCAUGAAACUCUUUCGGAAUUAAAACCAAUUUAUGGUUUAAUCUUUCUUUUCAAGUGGAUGUCGGAAAAAGAUGAAAGACCAAUUCUUGAACAAGCACCAGAAGGAAUGUUUUAUGCCCAACAAAUUGUUACAAAUGCUUGUGCAACACAAGCCAUUUUGUCCAUUCUCAUGAAUAUUGAUACAAAUGAAGCCAAAGUUGAACUUGGAGAUGAGCUUACACAAUUUAAAUCCUUUUCAUUGGGUCUUCCAUCCGAUGUUAUUGGAGAAAGUAUUGGAAGUAGUGAAUUGAUAAAACAAGCACACAAUGCUUUUGCUAGACCAGAACCAUUCAUUAUUGAGGAGAGUAAGAAACCAAAGAAAGACGAUGAUGUAUUCCACUUUAUUGCAUAUUUGCCAUUUAAAGGAAAUUUAUAUGAAUUAGAUGGUUUGAAGGGUGGUCCAAUUCUUUUGGGUGAAUGUUCAAACGAAAAUUGGGUUGAAAAGAUUAUUCCUGAAAUUCAAAAUAGAAUUCAAAAAAACAACAACUCGAACAAGAAUUGGUACGUCUCCAAACAGAAGAACCAAACUCAUUCGAAAAGAUUAGUCUUGUUCAAGCAAACCUCCAAAUGGAAGAAGAAAAACACAACCAAUGGAAGCAAGAAAAUGCCAGAAGAAGACACAAUUAUGUUCCUUUCCUUGUAA